AACAUCUGACCUUGUAAACACCUGGAAGAAGGGUGCUCUGCCCUUCUGGCUGAGUGAGAGGGACACUGCCUCCCACUGCAGAGAACUCAGAUAACGGUGGAGGGCACUGCAUGAUUCAACCCAGGCUUCCCUCUGCGACAGGAGGCUUCCCUCCUGAUUCACACAAAAGGUUUGAAGAAGACAGACUAAUCUCUUCAAAAGGUUGGCUAUACUUUUCCUCCCGAGUCCGACCAAGUCGCCUCUCCGUAGCUAGAUCAGCUUUACUUCAAAGUGAGGAGGAGUCUGCUGUACACGCACCGGUCUCUGGGGACAUAUGGAGGCUAUGGGUUACUCAGUAUGCAGGACCUGGCUGUUUUUCUUGUUGUUCUCACUGGGACAAGGGAGGAGGAUGGCUCCCCCAGGUUUUGUAGAAAGCAGUUGCCACUCCAGGAUUUUUUGGAUGAAACUGAAUAAACUCUUGCUCCAGGGAAAGUUCUUCCAGCUGGAAAUCAAUGAUCCUUAUGCUGGUCCUGUUCUGCUGGAUGAGAAACUAGCAUCUCGCUGUGGCUAUGUCCUGUCAGAAGAUGUGUGGGGCAACCCCGUUUUUCGUGCAUCAGUGCUUGGCUGUCAUGUGGCCAAUGAGGCAGAUGAGCUGUUUUCACUGACUGUGAACAUCAGGGUGUCCUCAUUUCCAAGCAUGAGAGCAGCUACAACCUACACCCACCCUAUGCACUGCUCCUAUUCUUCCUGGGCUCCAAGAGAAAUUGUGUGUGAAGAAAACUACAUGGAGGUAUCAGUGAAGACAGACGUCCCUGCAGUUUCAAAUGACUACACUGUAGCAUGGAUGUCAGCACUGCCAGAGACUCAAAAAGUUGCAUACCAGCUAUGGCAACUGAUGUUUGUUUCUCCAUCAGGGAGAAAGAAAAUAAUGGUAAGCGAUGCAGCAAAACUAGGCUACAGCUUCAAUAACACACUAUCCCGAGUGUAUCUCCGUGCGCCCUACCACAGCAACGAGUCUGAUUUCAGCACGGUUAGUGGUGUAAAUAUGAACAUGAUCACUUCCACUUCCAUGUACAGGCAGCGGUGGCUGCUUUUGCUGAUUGACACAACUGUCUCCUGUCCAGUUGAUGGUACCAGCUUCACUGAUACUACGCUAACAUGGACUGUGCCAAGUAUUAUCCCCACAUUAGUGCUUCAAGAAUCCACCUUUUUGUCUAAAUAUAUUUCCAUGGGAGUCAAUGGCCGAGUCAUAGUAAAUCCUGAGGAGAAGAACUACUUACUGGAGCACAACAAGACACACAUUGGAGUAACUAUCCCUAUUGGAGCAGAAGGAGGCAAACUAAAGAGCUCCGUAUCUGGUGGUGUGUAUGGAGUCAUUUAUAGUAUUGACUUGUUCUUGGAGCACACAUGGACAGAUGCAGACUGGCAAACCACUAAGUAUACUGUCAUCAAACCCAUCGUUACACCUUUUAUGCCACAAAUACCAACUGUUAUCAACAAUACUCUGGCAGAGGAAAGGAUAUUUAAUGUUGCAUUUGGACACUUUCUUCCUGAUGUCUCUCUGGUGGCAAUUGCAAUAGGAAAUGUGCCAUUUACCAUAAGACAAGCACAGCACCAGGGGUAUAAGAUUUAUGAAGCUCCUUUUUCUAAUACAACGAAAGGAUUUAUCUUGGAAAUCCCUUUUGAUGAUCGACAUGUUCUAAAGGAGUACGUGAAUAAAAAUGAAACUAAAUAUACCCUUCUUCUUAACUACACUUUAAGUGUGGGUCCAGAGAUGACACUCUAUUAUCAUUCAGCAGAGAUGGAAUGUAUAAUUGCUGAUAUCGAACUACCAGAAGCAGUUGGUUACUGUGAUAAAGAAAACUUGUAUCUAGCCAUUCCUAUUUUAGGCCUGCACCAGUACUGGAACCUAUAUAUUGGUAACAAACUUCUGAACCGGCAUACUGCACUUACAAAUGGGUAUUCUGCAGCUACCAAUUCUACCCACCUCAUCUUGCAAAUACCUUUGUUUGCUAUAGGAGUUAUCUAUGAGGAAGUGUCCUUUCAGAAAAUCAAAGCAAGGUUUGAUGUUACCCUAAAGAAAGUAAGAACUUUGGAAACCUUGCAGAUAUUCUCCGUUAGCUGCAAUUUCAAUUCUUCAACAUUUAUAGUAUGCCACCCAGAUGGAACUAUAAUGAUAUCUGCCCAAAUGAAGACAGUUCCUGCUAUUGAUAUGAGUAAAACCAAACUAAGGGAUAGCUCUUGCAAGCCUAAAGAGUAUAAUAAAGGACAUGCCUUCUUCAAGUUCCAUGUCACUACCUGUGGCACUUCAGUAAGGUUUGAAGGUGAUCACAUUAUUUAUGAAAAUGAAAUAUCUUAUGAGAAAGAAACUCUCCCAGGGCAGAGCCUGCACACAAUCACAAGAGAUCCAGACUACAGAUUAACAGUCUUGUGCUACUACCGAGUGAAAGAGACGCUGAUGCUAGGUGCCUUCACUAGUGAUCCAUCCACACACACAUCACCUCCGUUUGGCUCGGGUACGGUGCUGCCAAGAUCAAAUAUUGCAGUAUACAGAAGGAUAAGACAAGCCCUGAAUGCAGUUUCAAGGGUGUCAAAAGAUGGAUCUUUCAUGAAAUUCUAUGAACCAAACAUGGCAAUACUCAGAAGAUCCUUGGAGCCUGUGUUUCUCGAGGUUGAGCUGAAAGAUGAAAGCCCUGAAGCAGAAUUAUACCUGGACAAUUGCUGGGUGACUGGUUCUCUAGACUUCAACAGCACCCCAAGAUGGAAUAUCACUGUGGACGGGUGUGAGAUUAACAGCAACGCGUUUGUUGUGGAGUUCUGUCCAGUAACUGUUAGCAGCAGAGUGAAACAUCCUUCUCAUUUUAAAAGGCUAGCAGUAAGGACCCUGACACAUCCAUUGGAACAGGUGUAUGUGCACUGUGCAGUGGCAGUCUGCUCUCCUACCAACAUAUUACAUGGCAGCCCCUGCAGAGGACAGUGCAGCUCAAGCAAGGAGAGGAGGGCCUUUCCAGGUCGCCACUCGGUCACUCUCCAGGGCUACGUACUUGCUGGACCAGUCUGGAUUGUUGAUCCAGCUCUAAGAUGAAGCAUGUAAAUCAAAGUUGCUGUUGAAAUAUGGACUUGUUGACCACUAGAAUUACCCCAACCCUGACAUGGCUGCUUCUUUCAGUACUUCAUAAGGUGACUGCCAAUCCACCCAACUGAAUAUAAAGUGCAAAUCUGAAAAGUCAAAUAAAAGUACAUAUGAAGGCACGUAAGUGCACAACAUCUUGCUAGUCUAUAAUAGCAAUCAUCUGGUAUACUAACACUGGCUCUGAAGAGUCAAGCAAUCUCUUCACUCAGGGCCUCUAACACAUAAAAUAUAACAUUAUCCUUUUUUUCCCCCCACAUUAAUGCAGACUUCUGGUUACAAAAUUGCAUCUAGCACUGACCUGACCUUCUUGCAAACCUAUUAAUCUUUUGCUUUCUUCUAACCUGCUCAUGUAUGGAAAAGGCUAAUUACAAAUUGGAAGGGGCCAGACACUCUAAAAUCAGUAAAAAGGACAAAUUACCUGGCAUUUUAUUUUCUGUGCCCACCAAAUUUUUUAAAAGAGAAUAAAAAUUAAAAAGGUUAUUUAUCUACAGAUCAAGGAUAAACCAGACACAUUCCCAGCUGCAGAUCACUCUCAGAAUGUACCUACACAGUAACUGAAGUUGUGACUGUAGCGUAGCAGAGCAUAUUGAGCAGCCAUUCAACAGCAGUGAAGAUGGAGAACUUGCACAGCUGUCAGUUCAAGCUAAUAAUGCACACAGGCCCAGAAACUCACAUGGGUACAGCUUGUAGAAUUUGUAUCUUCACAGGCUGACUAGAUUACACAUGCUGAUUAGUGCCUGGCCUCCCAAAACGCCUGGCCUCCCAAAACCUGCAGCCAAGCCUGUGAAUGUCUGAAUAAAUGUAGUCUUAGAGCUAUAUCUCCUGAAGGACUAAGUCACAUAAACGGGAAUCAGAUGGUACAUCCCAAGCAACCCCCAUCAGCUGCAGCCUGGGAGACACCUUUCUCUCUGCUGUAUGAGCAGUGCACUCUACUGGCUGGUGCUAACACUGCAGUGUCAAGCAAGCCUGCUGCUUCCUCACAUUUUCCAAGAUGGCACAUUCUCCAUUUUUAGUGCUAACAGUCACAAACUGACUGUAACAAGACUUUCUAUUACUCUAAAAGGCAGUUUGAAAACAGUAACUAAGAAACAAACGAUCUGUAAAUUGGUAUGAAGGCUAAAUAAUAUCUGUAUGCUAGCCCCUCUUUUCCUAGUGCUCAUAGGACACUGUCUAGCUCCACACAAAUGAGCAUCAGGUCUGGAGUUGCAUCACUAAGGUUCACUCACCUGGGCUCUUGCAGAGGAGAUUCAGCUAAACUGCUCUGCAGCACAUGGAAUACCCUUGGUCUUUCAAUUUUGUCCUGGCAAGCCAGAAACGAGUUCAGCAGCGUUCUAUACCUCUCCACCCAACAUCACGUAGGUGGCAAGACCCUUCUCUCCCUGAUUUCCAUAGCAUUUCAAUUUCCAGCAUUCCUACAGACCAGCCAGAGAAAUUUCAGCCUUGGUUGCCUGCUCCUAGUUUGGUUGCUCUUCUUGCUAAACCAUUUCUUUUACACUCAGUUACACUGGCUUAGGCACUCAUUGUUUAGCUUUGAGGGCACGUCUUUCCCACGCUGUGAUUCUGUCAUGGUACUGGCAUGGCACAUUGCUCAGCCUCUGAAGACUAUUCUGAAAUUACUCCCUCUUCUCAGGCACUGCAGAUGCAGCUUCAGCAUCUAACUCAUGUCCUAGAUUCCAGUGCAGGCCUAUGGGCUUAAACUCUUUCUUAGCUUUGGCCCUCAGAAACUACUUGGUCAUGCUACUAUGGUUGCAAGAGACUUUUAUUCAACCAGUAUAGAGAAAAGGCAUUAUGGAGAUGUGAAAGACACAUCAAAUAUGAAGUAACAGGCACACAAGAGUUUGCAUACAAGCUUGAAAAAUCAUUGAACUUUGGAUCACCCUUCUUCACAGGAAUACAGUGAAUACAGUGAACCUGACUUGAAAGCUACUGUUGCAGUGUUUGUCUAUGGCAGCGAUAAAAUAACUUUUUCUUCCUGGGAGAUGAAGUUGUCUGUCAGGUGCAUUUAGCAGACCACAUUUUAUUGUACAGCACAAAGAUACGAACAAUGAAAAAUCUGGUCACCAGAAGCUGUUAACUGCAUCCAAUCCCUGCUCAUCGACAGGGAUCCUACAAGGAAAAGUUUGGAAACACCUAAGCUUCAGACACGCUACAGUUCAACCCAGAUAACCACAAUACACUACUAGAUGGGCCUCCACCUUGACCUGACCCGACAGCAAACUUCUCUCAGCGCCAGGAUGAGGCUGAAUCUGUUCUGCAGACCCAGCAUCUGCCUCUACUAAAAGGUGAUCCUAGAACAAAGCAGCUCCAGGGAACUGCUGCAGUGAGAGGACUGCCUUUAAGAUAAGGAUUGCUACAGAUAAUGAAAGCAGUGACAUUAAUAUAGGAAUUGCCAGAAUCCAUUGGAUCUGACCAGGUCCUGUGGCAGCACCAAAUGGAAAGCACAAGAGAAGAACGAAAUUGCAGAAUAAUCUACUCAAAUAUAAAAAUGUCAUUCUCCUACUAGUAGUCUUAAAUUUUGCUCGUCUUUUUUGCCUCAUUCUGAACUUCUUUCUUUCUGAUAGUCCAAGGACAGCAGUGCCUGCAUAGCUAAGCUGGAUACAAAGGUGUUAAUUCCCCACAUGUUGGAAUAGCGUAUCUUUCACUACUUAUUUACUUUUUAUUAAGGCCAUCUAUUAAAAUGGGAUAGUGCAUAUGCAGUCGUCAGUUCUAACAGCCAAAGAUUUUUAACACUGACUUACCACUGUGGUCCAUUCACAGAGAAAAGCCUAUGGAAUACAAGUUUCUUGUCACUUGAAAAGCCCUUUUCCUCUUCAAUGUGCCGCAGCUUUCCCUUCAGAAUGACUCUCCUUGUUCUCCAUAGUGCAUGUCAAACAGUGCUGUAUGAGAUGUUUUACAUUUCUCAUCCUGUUCUGUUGCCCUGCUUUUGGGCUGCUAGCCCAUACUUUUGUCGUAUUUUCCUACCUUUCUUUAAAAGCGAGUGAAAGGCCCUGCAACACUGUGGAAUGGACAAGCGGUGCAACUCCUCCUCCUGUGUUUCGGCAGAAGGAAAAAUGGAGUACUAGGAGAAAAUAUAGGACGAUAACGUUACUUGUUGCCAGGCUCUCUGAACAAGUAAGAUCUUAGAAAGAGACUGUUGUUCCAGACACCGAAGGGAAAAACCAUUCUGAAUGCACUGAGGAAAUCAAGUGCUUUUUGUAAGUGUAGAGAUAGCAAAUAAUUGGAUGAGAAUACUGUUACUUGUUGCCAGGAUAAUCCCAGCCAUGAGGAACAAACUGAAUGAAGGGGCUGACAGCAAAGCACUGUCUGAAGGAGAGUGACAAUGUGCUCUGGAGAGUAGGCUUAUAGGUAUGAAACUUUGGGAAAGGGGUCACGAAUUAUUCAUAUCUGCAGCAUUUCUGGCCUAGAUGAAGAGUCAGUCAAUGCAUAUGAGUAGCAACCACCUGCUGGAUUUACUAGUACAGCACCAUGACAAGUGAACGCUCAGCAAGGGCAAUGGAGCAGGAAGUCAGAACUGAUGCAGAUGCUCUACAGUGGUUUAUAAUUUUCAGGCAAAGAUAACUUCUAAAGACGAGUGAAAGUGAAAAGCCACAGUACCUCUAUACUGCAAGUGUCCAAAGUACACAACUCGAGCUCCUUUUACAAGCCGAUUGUCUUGAGUUUCAUAAGGAAACACUACUUAAGUAUAAUUUUACAACUCUCCAUUAUGCUUUUGAUUGUUAAUGGAUUACAAAUAGUAAACCUUGAAGGAAAAGUUAAUAAACAUAUCCCCCCCUUAAGUUUUUUGACAUCAAUAAUUACAUUUUAUGAUAACCUUCCAACAGUCUUGGGAGACUGAGACCAUCACACUGCACUAUUUAAUAAUUUCAGAUUAGGCUUGGUUGUGAUAGAAACCCUAACCAAGUAACUUGUGUGCAUCUGAGAAAGGAAAAUGUGUGUAAGAAUUUUAUUGGCUGAAACUGCCUUGAAAUAAUUCCAAAUUACACCAAAACGUACCACAACAAUUCAUUCUUUUACAGGAGAGAAAAGGAAACACUGUGGAGAAUCUGCUAUAAAAUUGCUCCGAAUUCAGUGAACUAUUCCUGUGCUGACAUGGGAUAUGUUAGAAAGGAGCAACACUAAUAAAAUGACAUGAGCUGGGAAGUACGAUGAGUAUUACUACCAGAAUCCUUGUUUUGUUUUCCGAAAUAUUUCAUAUUAAUCUUCGAUUUUUAUCUAUAGGCUAUCAUUUAAACAGUACUCUGUGCAGAGCCACAUCUGUGAUCUUUCUUCUCAACUUUCCAACUGUUUUCCUCUCAGAGUGCAACUUCUCAGAGUUCAGAUUCAACUGUUUAUAACGUCCUCUAUGUCUUCAUGGCAUGCUAUGUCAGGGACACACUUAGUUCUAGUUCAUCAUCUCAUCAUCAAAAAAGAGCUGGUAUGAUUUCUCAAUUUUUGAGACUGAGGUGGCAUGAAAAAUAUAAGUCCUUAAAUUAUUAAUAUGUCUUGGAGACAGAGCAUUAAGAUAUAAAAAUGGAAGCAGAGCAAAAGCUCAGUAUACACAGAAAAGGCCAAAAUUAAACCUCAGAACAUCUGGUCAUUAAUAAAUUCUAAUAUGCAUCAUAGGUAUAUAACUUGAGAACUAUUGCAUACCAAGUAUCACAGAGCACUAAAGGAAAAUGCAGCAUUUUGUCAGCGCUAGGCCCCAAAUUUGUUCAUUCCAACUGUUGCAGCAUUUCAAAGCUGAAAGCGAUCUCUGGGGAUGCUGGGGAACCACACAAAGAAUGCAUAGUAAUUCAUACGCUAAAUUCUCUUCUUAUGAUUUACUCAAAGGGUUCCACCAUUUGCAGUGAAUGCAACUGCACUUGUGUAUGCUCCAGGAUCAUCCAUGAAGAAACUCACCGUAAGAAGCAAAAUUUUCAUUGGCAUCAUUUAUUAAAAAAAAAAAAAAAGUAUAUCCUAAUGCUCGCACAUGCAACCAAGAAGUAUUUCUUUCAGGAGAAUUUUUAUUCCCAUGAA